UCCCCUCGCCUUGCCCCGGAGACGCCUGCGCUGCACAGGCGCGCCCUAAGCAACCCAGGCACUCGGUCGCGCAGCAGGAACCGCACCAACCCUGCCCUGCUUUGGGUGCCGGGGUGGGGACAGACGCAUAGAAGGAGGGCUGGCCGAGAAAACCACCCAGGAAGUGACAAGGCUAUUUCCUUUCUCCGGGAGGAUCGGUCCACAGCACUGCAGCCUGAGCGGGGGAGUCUUUCCACAGUCCUUGCAAGAGAUCCUCCUGCAGGUUUCCCCGGGGCACCGCGAGUGAAGCUUUUGCAAUGGGGCCGCGAUCCCUCGGCCGGGGUAGGUGGUGACCAUGGCAGAAGCCAUCUCUGCUGACUAAAGAAACUGAAUAUCACUGAAAAACCUUGAAGAUCUGUGCAUUUCAAAGGGGGUGAACAUUUUGGAUCAAUUGUUAUCAAGCAAUCCAUUGUGUAAAACAGAUGGGAAUUGGUUCUAUCAAGCCUUUCUUCUGGAAAAUGCACUGAAUCAGAGGCUGUGCCUAAUAUGGCUGAUCCUAACCUUUACCUCUACUGGAAUGGACCCCAAUGCAUGACGUGGUUACCAUGGUGAUGAUCUUAGCUACAACUCUGGAAAACAAAGGUGCUGAUUCCCUAACAUGCAGGACUGAGCUGCACACUCCCAAAAAGAUGAGUCAAGGACCUACUCUUUUCUCUUGUGGAAUUAUGGAAAAUGACAGAUGGAGAGACCUCAGCAGGAAAUGUCCCCUUCAGAUCGAGCAGCAAAGCACCAACAUUUGGGACUGCCUUUCUGACAAAAGUGAAGAAAGCCCCAUAUGGCAGAAGCAAGCAGCUAGCGCAUGCUCAGUGACCAGCUUGAUCAAAGACCUUAGUCUCAGUGACCGGAAUGGUAACCCAUCAGCACCACCCAGCAAACGCCAGUGUAGGUCACUCUCUUUUUCUGAUGAGAUGUCUAGCUGCAGGGCUUCAUGGAGGCCUAUCGGAUCGAAGGUCUGGACUCCAGUAGAGAAGAGACGGUGUUAUAGCGGGGGAAGUGUCCAGCGCUACUCCAAUGGAUUUUCAACCAUGCAAAGGAGUUCAAGCUUCAGCCUUCCUUCCAGGUCAAACACUCUUUCCUCUUCCUAUGACCAGUCUGGAUUUAGCAACAGAUUUGGAUGUCAGCCAUGCCAAGGGAUGAGGAGGUCAGCCACUUAUGGACAGACAAGUGAUAUCUGGGGCAACGAUUACAGCUCUGUAGAGAGUGGCAGGGUUGAUAUUCAAAGGUCGCUCUCUUGUUCCCAUGAUCAGAUAUCCUUUUCGGAAUAUUGUCUGCCCUCAGCAAACAGCACACCUGCCUCAACGCCAGAGAUGACGAGACGCUCCAAUGGGCUUUCCCGAAGCCGGUCUCAGCCAUGUGUCCUUAAUGAUAAGAAAGUUGGAGUUAAACGACGACGGCCUGAAGAGGUUAAGGAGCAAAGACCUUCACUGGACCUUGCCAAGAUGACCCAGAAUUGUCAAACUUUUAACAGCCUUAGCUGCCUUAGCACCACAGUGGAUGACUGCUCUCAGCAAAACCAGUUCUCUUCUGGCAUCAGCAGCACCAAAUCAUGGAAGACGACAUCCCUUUGCACCUUGGAUGUCAUGCCAGGGAGGACGCCAGCCUGCACCCCUGUGCCAGAGCCUCACGCAAAUGCGGAAGAAUGUAAAGCUAGCAAAGAAGAUGAUUUCUCCUAUGAGGAGUCUGAAUAUUGUGCCACAGAAGAUGAGAGUAGUAGGAAAGACGAUGAAAGCUCUUCAUGGAGGAACAGUGGGACAGGAGGGGAUAAUGUCUUUCAUUUGGAUGGUGAAUUAGACAUUGAGCAAAUAGAAAACAACUGAGGAUACAACAUGGAUUAUCUGUCUACAUCAAAGUUUUAGGAGUGGUAACAUUUCACAGAUGUUAUUGUAGGCAGAGAACAAAUUCCACAUUCUCCUUCUCCUUGGCAGGUAGGAGAGGACAAGAGCCUUUGCCAAAAUUUCAUCAGGUAUCUCGUUAAACCUUGAAACUUUUUAGAACUACUGUAGCCCAGGAGGUUUUGCAAACAAGCUUUAGAGAAUGCAUCCAAAUUACAUCAGCACAUUUUUUAUAUAAAAAAGAAGCUUUGCAGAUGUAUCAAAACUUGAAAUUGUGGGUUGGUAGAAUUAGAGCAAGAGGAUUUGGGUUUGGAACAGGUGUUAAGGAAAAAGGAAUGGCCAGAUCAUUAAAUUCUGGUUCUCAUUUACAAAUUAGGUAACAAGUCUUCUAGGAGAGGCAGAUGGGCCACCUUCUGUCUCAUUGGAAUCCUGAUCCACUUCUUUUGACUGAGAAGGUCAAGAUUUUUCUUUGCUUAUGGGGUAGGAGGCUGAUUUCAGUUCUAAACUGCAUCUCAGGUAUCCUUAGCUAAGGGAAGAAAGGUGCAGAUGAUCACUUUUACCUAAAUUAAUUUUCUGUUGGAUUAUUUUUCAGAUUGCAUCCAGGUCUCACAAUCCAGAUUUUGCAGUCCUGAAUUGUAAAGUCAAAAUUCCCAGUUAUGACAGCCAGCUAGUUCUGCAGCCAUCUGUUGCAGCAUGAAAAGAAAGCACAAUGCAUUUGCUGUGACUGAGUAUAAGAGCUAUAAACAUAAGGAGGCUUGCACACUUAUAGCGAAUGUGGAUAUCGGCACAUAAUUAGAUGUGCAUUUGCAUCAGCGCUCUUUCAGUACCUCCUGAACUGGUUGAAUGUGCUGAUGCAGGUGGAUAUAUGAUCCCCCCAAUUCAAGGCCUCUUUGUUGUGUAAAUAAUUGUAUGCAACUAGAGCAGGAUCAAGGCCAUUGACCAGGGAAGGGGGAAAUCCAAUACAUUAGUGCAUCUAAAAUUAAAAGUAAAUGGCAUCGCUAUAUCCAUAGGGCUAAACAUAUUUUGGUUACAUGGUGCGAGACAAAAUGCAUCAGAAUAACAGAGGGUUAGUCAAUAAUGGAGGUUCUUAAGAUUUGUGCUUAAAAUCUGAAAAAGAUGAUAAAAACAUUGGUUCUCUCUGGAGAAGACAGCAUAUGGCCUCCUCACUGCAUUUUGUACAGCCUGUCACUCCCAUCUGGCAGCAGACAUCUAGCAAACCACACUCAUCACCAGAAAGGACUAAGGAUGGCUCCUCAUUUUGCAUGUAAGACAUAUAAUGUUAGUAUCAUUCUCUUCUCCUACAAAUUGGGCAAAAACAUCACUGCAUCACUUGUAUUGGGUAAAACAAAGCAUCACAAUUAUUGUAUUGGGCAAAAAACAUCACUGCAUCACUUUCAGAUCUUUUCAGCAGCAGAGCAACAAAAUUGCAGGGUAUAUGCAACAGUGCUGUUACCAUAGAUACCAGUUAUUGGGCCUGGAUACCUUCUGCAUUAUUACAAGACCCUCUGUUCUACCCCCAUCCCCACCCUGUGAUAGGUGUGAUGGAAUGCAUUCCAAAGAACAGGACAGGUUACUGCUUUCAGAAUUCCUGUUGAGAAUUUCUAUGUCCCUGUCUAUUCUUUCAAAACUUGUGAGUCCUGGUUUACAUACAGUGGCACUAUGUAUGCUUGUAUGUACAAAACCCUUAGAUUUUGCACUAAAGUAACCCAAAAGUUGCAUUCAAUAUAAAAUAAGCAUGUUUGCAUAUAUUUUCUUUCUGGGAUAAUUUAUUCUGCUUUUGAUAAUCACAGGAUAUAGAACAUUACGGAUGUUUCACCCCCUAAAUGAUGGGAACUAUGUCCAGUCCAUGUACCUCAUCUUCUAGGUUCCAGUACGUCACCGGGAUUUUCAGGAGGCUGAAAUCCCCGCCUGUUACCAGUCUCAGAAUGCACAUGGCCCAUUUGACACAGAGCCCAUUUUAUACAUGUGCUAGGUAGCCCUGCUGCUGAACAUUUUCCUGGCACCAGUGCAUGUCAUCAGAAAAAAGCACACCUGAUCUCAGACAAUUAUGGAAGAUCUAUAGUUAUGAUAAACAGAUUCACAUGUAAAUGAUGACAUGUUCCACAUAAGUAGAGAGAAGGCUGCUGCUGAUAUCUGAAAACAAAUUCUGUACAUAGGAUUUGGAAAAACAGGAACCUCUGUGUGGAGCUGCUGAACAGAGACACGGGAAGAUGUCCCAGAUAAAAAAGUCUGAUACAAAAUGCAGUUCCAGAAACUGGUGAUCAGAUAACCACACUUUAGACUCUCACUGAUGGUGGUGAACAAUAAAUUGUAUCAUUUUAGCACAUAUAACUCAGUCAAAUAAGCUGUUCACUUAUCUACAUGGAAACAAAUGUUUUGUUUACCUGCAGAGGAAAAAGAAAACAAGAUGUUAGAAAUGUAGUGUAAAUGGCACCCUGUUUUAUUUUACUGCACUUUUUUUCCUGCAGUGGUCUAGAUGUUUUUGUCAUCUAAUACCACAGUAGAUUCCAUCCAGGCUGUAGCUUUAAAAAUGUCCAGACAAACUGCACAUUUUUAAAAUUUGUUUGUUGACUUUUGCUAUCUCCUUCCUAUCCAAUGCUUGCAUACAGUUCAAAGCAAAAAAAAACCAAAAAACAGUAACAGCAACAGCAACAAGUAGAGAGUGAAGGAAAUGUUGAGUAAUGAAUUCCUUGGAGUACACAUUUUGGUACCAGAAACCAAUCAAUAGGUUUGAUACUCUCCAAGAGCACAUCUCUUCACCAUUUGUUGAGACCAUGCCAAGUUAUAUUUACAGCAGAGCUGUCAUUUCCCUAGUAUUGCUUAUUAAAGGUUACCAGAUCUUGAUUUGGCUUCUUAGCCUUACAUGGAAGGAGCAUGGUCAGUACACUGAAACAGGAUGCUCUGCCUUCUUAAUUAGUCUCUGCUAUGAAAAUGUUAAGGCAGUCUUUGGGUUUAGACACAGGGGUUUUGCCAUCCUAAGGAAUCAGAUUCCCCUUGGAGAGAGGGGAGAGAUGAAAUACUGGGAUGAAUGACAGCACAGUUGGAGGAUAUUGUAGAAUCAACUUAGGACUGUGAGAAAAGGCAGUGUUUGUGUCAUCCACCCCCCUCACACAUCUGUAUUAUAGUUUUGUUUAUGGUAACAUAAACACCAUGGUAACAUAAACACCAUGUGUUCACAUUGAGCAGAAAGGUGAAACUUGAUUCAUGUUGGUGAUCUGAGCUUAAAAGCCAAGAAAAAAACUGCAGUUGGAAAUCAGAUCAGCCUAUAUCUGAAUAGGCUGUGUGAAUGGGCCCUGAAUAACUAGAAUAACAUCAUGAUCUUAAGGUUAUAUGGGUAUGAUUUGAACAUGUCCAGCUGGGUGGUACAAGAAUGUACACUGGUCUUACUAUUUGAACUAAGUACUGUAAUGGCUCACAGCUCCUAAAUGGCCUAGCAAAAUUACCUGUUCAACAGGUGUUAACAUACUUCAAAUAAUGGCAGAUCAACCCAUUUGGAUAUGAGACCUUUUUGCCAGGCCAUGGAGACGCAGUGUCCAGUAUGGUAUUGGAGCGAGUUUCUGAUGGGAUAUUGGCAGUUUCUUUGGUCACAGAACUGUUAACCAUCUCAUGCAGAAUGUUAGAACCACACUUCUAGUCUUUGCUUAAAAUCUGAGGAGGUGAUCAUUGACUGUCUUCUUCCAGUGACUUUAUUUUCUUUUCACCUCUGUGUAACUCUAAGUACUCAUUGCUCCCACUGAAACAGAUGCAGUGCUCCCUGUUUCUUUCCCAUGUGUGGAUUCUUCCAAAAGUGACAAGCCUUUUUUCCCCAGCUUGGACUACAAAGGCCCUGUUCUUAAAUCUCAUAUCUGAUCAAAGGGAUAAACAGCUUUCUGGUGCGCAUAAAGGUGACGCAUGCAUCUUUUUUUCCUCUAACAUAAACCCCUUACAGACGAAGUAACUAUUCCUAAUCAUAGCAUCUGAGUGUGGGCUUGCCAGUGUACAGUACAUCUUGUCCCGUAGCAUUGUGCUUCAGAAGAAAGCAUAUCAGUUCUUUGGACCGGCUUUAGCACAGCUUGAUUUAGGGAAGUUCAGUUUUCCUUUGGUGGCAUAAAGAAGGCAUUUUCAUAUCAUGAUCUUUAAACUCAAAAGGGCUUUUAAAAAAUAACAAGAAAAGAAGGGCUGCUACCUACAACACGCUAAAUACACACAGAGUAGGAAAGUGCCGAAAAGGACAGCUACCCGACUCUCCUAGCUGUAGCGUAGCGUUUACAUGGCAGCAAACCUUCCUUGCCUUAGUAAAGACGCUUCAGUGAACAAUGGCCUUACAUUUGGGCACACCACAGUAUACAGCCAAGGCAGCGUUUUGUUGGAUUUGAAUUUGUUUGGACUUUGGUUUUGUAUGAUUUGUGUACCGAAACUGAGUUUUUAAAGCCUUACUUUUUAUUUUUUUUAAUAGAAAAUAAAACUUUGUGGAUUUAUGAAUGAAUAUAAAUAUAAAUAUAUGUUUGUGGGUGUAUGUGUGUGUACGCAUACACAACCAGAAAUAUAGUACGUGCCUCAUAUUCAGGGGACUUUCUGUUGAUUGUAACAUAGAAAGUGUAUGUGUGUUCUCUAUUAAACAGAAACUCAGCUGGAUCACUGGUUGCCCACACCAGCUAAAUUCAUUAGAGCCCUCUAGUAGGGACUUCUGGACUCCUGCUGGAUUUAUCCAAUACUAUACUUUUAGACUGCAGAUCUUUGCCAUGUGGAUACAGCAACUUUUCACUGAAGUUCUCUGUGGACAUUUUUUUUCUAGGCCACAUAGUUAAGUCAAAGCAGCAGGGAGAAAGGCAAUGGUCUCAUUUGGAGCAUGGAUCAGUUUGGACUGUGGAUGCUUCUUUGACAACAGCAAUAAACGUCAGCAUUCAAUUCCCCCCUUUUAAAAUGUACUAAAUGCAACAUUUUUAAAUAAAAUAUACCUAUUAGCACUGGUGAAUAUGCUUACAGGGAUUCUGCCAUGCGUCUGCAGUCAUUAGGCUUUGGUUUCAUGAAAUAUUAAAAACCAACAUGUUCCUGGAGUUGAUUGUAAUUUUUCACAGAAUAGUCUAGCCUCUGGCCAAUAACAUUGUGGUUCAAGUACACUGUCAGAUAGUCUUUAUUGAACAGGACAAGGAGACAUUUGUAGGGUUUGUAGCAGUGUUUUGCAGCGUUUAUGUUUUAUUAAUGUUAACGAAUCAAAACACGAUGAUGGCCAAAAAGCCUUUGGAAAACCAUGAACUCUGGUAGUGUUUGUGUGUGCGUGCGUCUCUCUUCUCUCUCUCUCUCUCCAUGGUAAUUGCACAGGCGCAAAUAUAUAGAUACGUAUACAAAGUCAGCUCUGUAGUUGGUGUUACAUUUGUUUAAACUCAGCUAUUACUGAGGACUGUUCCUUGACCUGAAAAUUAAGAAGACUGCUGAUUUGUACUCUCUCAAAAUGACUUUAUUGCACUAUAGAGCAGCUCAGUCUCAGGAAUUUACUUGUUACUUUGACUGUGUAAAUAAAGCUUUCUGAUUCUGUAACCUGC